AUGCGCUUUACCCACCGCCGCGAGGGCAGCUACGACGUCUUCGAGUCCCGCGCUCCCUGGACACCCCGCUUCGCGAUGGGAGCUGUGGCCGACUCCACCGGCCGUGUGAAGAUCUUGGGGGGCCAGCUGCAGGAGGAGGAGGGCGUGGAAGGCCUCUUCAGCCGAAGAGUUUGGGAGCUGCCACCACCUGAGGCAGCUCCAACGAACUGGUGGGAGAAGAAAACCAGUGACGAGAGGCUGAACGUUCGCACCACGCCUCCUGAGUGGAUUUUGGCCGCAGUGCCCCCUUGGACCGCCAGAGCUGGGCAUGCUGCCCUAAUCGACCUGGAAACCGACGCCGUCUUCAUCAUCGGUGGGGAGGGCCCAUCCGGCUUCCUGGCAGAUGCGUGGAAGGAGGCAUUAACCAUCGACAUGGUGAACGUGUACACCACGCUUGAGCUAUUCUUUCAGGAGGUCAUCAGCACCUUGUAG